UUAUUGAUUACUUUUGUAGUGUCUAUCAAAAUGGGCAAGUUUUGGAUUAGCUCCCUCCUCAUCAUCACACUACUUCUAGCCAACGGGUGGUUUUGCUAUGGUUGUUGGGAAGAAGAAAGGUUUGCACUUUUGCAACUUAAAUCCAACCUAAACGAUCCAAAUGGAAAUUCUCUUCUUCUUCUCCCAUUAUGGAUAGAUGAUAAUAGAUCUGACUGUUGUGAGUGGUCAAACGUGAUUUGUGAUACUACCACAAAGCAUGUAGUUCAAAUCUCUCUUGAUUACACUAGGGUCCAACAAAUCCAAGGUGAUUGGCAUUUCAAUGCCUCUCUUUUCCUCCCUUUUAAAAUGCUUAGGGUUCUCUCCUUGUCUCAGAAUGGCUUGAUUGGUUGGGUGGAGAAUCAAGGAUUUGAGAAACUAUCGGAAUUAAGUAAGCUGGAAGUCCUAGAUUUGUCUGGGAACAACUUCAAUCGUAGUGUUCUUUUAUCGCUCAGUCACCUCAAAUCUCUUAAGUCUCUCAAUCUUGAUCUCAAUUCUUUAGAUGGAUUUGGUAAUCGUAAUCUGAUUUCAAUUUUUAGUUACACUUUUGUUCAUAUUAAUAUCAUCUUUUGUCUCUUUAAUCAAGUAGCAUUUUUAUGAGUUUCAUGCCUAUAUAUUUAAUUUCUAAUUUUGCUACAUUCCCUUCAUAAAAUAACGAUUGU